GAAUUAUUGUAAAAUUUACCGUUUACUGAUAACUUCAUCAUCGGCCAUCGUUUGACAUAUUAUAAUCGCCCUAAUAACGUUUUAGAGAUGUGCACUUUGGCCGGUGUGUUUACAUUCUGACCUGCUGCACGCCUCGGGCUGGGGACUUGGAGAGCUAGUUGUUAUGCUCUUCGUGCGUGUUACCAGGGUGUACAGGAUCUAGGUAAGAUGUUCCGCACAGGCCUCCUAAUAUUGACUCGCCCCCUUCCAGUGCUUGGGGACAGCAUCUCACCUCUGUUGACAGAGGUGGCAAAGAUUGUCGGGGCAACUCUCUACGUCCACAUACAGCCAAACACUACUCGUGACAAUAAAGUAUUUACGAUUUCCCAGACUCCCUACACCCAGGAACUUCGUACUUUCAUCACACAGCUGUAUAUCUGUAGUGCUUCCGUCUGCAAUCACCUCAACGUUAACAUUUUGUUAGGUCAUAUCUCAAACAAGUCUUGUUUCCCGUGGGACGUAAAUUACAGGAUAAAGCCUAACUGUGAUGUUAUCUUGUUUGAUGAUGACCACUGGCUUGGCAAAGACAACACGACCAGAACCAGCUUGUUGGAAAACAUUUCCAAAAAAUUUCAACCGGAUUGUCGCUUUAAACCUGCCAUUGAAGUUGUCAAUGUUGAUCAAUGUCACAACGAAAGUGCUGGAUUAUUGUCACAAUCAAAUGGACCUAGUGGAGGGCCGUCCUCCCUGAUUUCCAGUUUUAACAACACGGUGCUGGGAGGUACAUUUGAUCACAUACACACUGGUCACAAGAUCCUGCUGGGCGAGGGAUGUUUACUCGCGGAUAAACGACUCACUGUCGGAGUCACUGACGGAGACAUGAACAAUAAGAAGACACUUCCUGAGCUGAUUCAACCAUUACAGUCUAGACUGGAGUCUGUUAAAACUUUCAUACAGGAAGUUCGCCCAAAUAUCUGUCCAAACGUUGUUCCUAUCUACGAUGCGUUCGGCCCAACCAUCACAGACGCCGAUCUACAGUGUAUCAUUCUCAGUCAGGAGACCAGAAAAGGGGGACAGAUGGUCAACGAGGAACGCCAAAAAAAGGGUUUCCCCCAAAUGGAGGAGUUUGUAAUAGAUCUUGUUGAAGAUCAACAACAUGAUGAAUAUGAAGAAAACAAAAUCAGCUCAUCAUCUUUUCGCAAACGCUUGCUGGGGACCAUGAUAAACACUCCACAGAAGAAGAAGAACUUGAUGUCAGUUCCAUAUGUGAUAGGGCUGACAGGAGGAAUAGCCAGUGGAAAGUCAGCCAUUUGUAAACGACUGGAAGGGUUGGGGGCUGCCAGCAUAGACUGUGAUAAACUAGGCCACCAGGUGUACAUGAAGGGCCUGCCAGCCUACAAUAGACUGGUCGAGGUGUUCGGGUCAUCCAUAGUUGGUGAGGACGAGGAAAUCAACAGAAGAGCUCUAGGGCCCAUUGUGUUCAGCGACCCGGAAAAACUGAAGAUGUUGAAUUCCAUCGUCUGGCCUGAGAUUUCUAAGUUAGCGGAGGAGACGAUACAGCAAUUCAGACUGGAGGGUAUGGAGGUGGUGGUGUUAGAAGCUGCUCUCCUCCUGGAUGCUGGGUGGGACAAACUGGUACAUGAAGUGUGGACCACAAUCAUUCCAAGGCAAGAGGCAAUCAAAAGAAUGGUGGACAGGAACAAGUUUACAGAAGAAGAGGCUUCUAAGAGACUGGACAGCCAAUUGACCAAUCAGGAGCGAGUUAACAGGUCUAAUGUGGUACUAUGUACCCUAUGGGAUUACAAGUACACCCAACAACAGGUGGAGCAUGCAUGGUUGUUGCUAAGUAACAGACGAGCCGUCCUUAACAAACUUUAAUCAAGUAAUUUAACACACAGGCUGUCUGCAACAUAAGUGGAGCAUACAUGGUUGCUACCAGGUUACAGACUGUCUACAACUAAGUUAACUACAAAACCAAGUGAAGCACGCUUGGUUGCUACUUAGUAACAGACAGGCUUUAGUAACAGACAGGCUUUAGUAACAGACAGGCUUUCCACAACAAACUCUGACUGCAAAAGUAAUUGGAGCAAGCAUGGCCCCUACUGAGUGAAAGACGGGAUAGCCACAACAAACACUGAAUACUAAACAAGUGGAGCAAGCACUGAAUACUAAACAAGUGGAGCAAGCACGGCCCCUACUGAGUGAAAGACAAGAUAGCCACAACAAACACUGAAUACUAAACAAGUGGAGCAAGCACGGCCCCUACUGAGUGAAAGACAAGAUAGCCACAACAAACACUGAAUACUAAACAAGUGGAGCAAGCACGGCCCCUACUGAGUGAAAGACAAGAUAGCCACAACAAACACUGAAUACUAAACAAGUGGAGCAAGCACGGCCCCUACUGAGUGAAAGACAAGAUAGCCACAACAAACACUGAAUACUAAACAAGUGGAGCAAGCACGGCCCCUACUGAGUGAAAGACAAGAUAGCCACAACAAACACUGAAUACUAAACAAGUGGAGCAAGCACGGCCCCUACUGAGUGAAA